AUGGUGAAAGGCAUCAGCUAUAAUGCAGUAUUAUCGACCUUCGAUGACCUCGUUGCAAGGAAGAAAAUAUCCUAUGGGCCGCGCACAACCGUCCAGUACGAUUAUGACGGGUUUGCGCUCGAGUUCCACAUAAGCUCCUCGCUUUCCAGGAAGCCACAGAACGGAGAUCCCAUUAGUGGCCAUGAAGAGCCUGACGCUGAGAAACCAGAGUGUUUCGGACCAGGGAGCGAUAUAGCAAACGAUGACCCAGCCACUCUUCUAGCAACUAUUCACGGGACGCAUUUGCUCGUAGUCAACAAGUUCUGCAUGUUCCGGCCGCAACUACUGCUACUGACAAGCGACUCGUACCGGCGACAACGGGAGCCACUGGACCUAGUUGAUCUGAGUGCUGCUUGCACGGUCUUGACCUUGUUCGAUACAUCGUCGCAAUUUGUCAUUUAUAACUGUGGGCCGACGGGUGGUGCUAGUAGGCAGCAUAAGCAUCUGCAGGUAUUGCCGCGGCCGCCGAGACUAUUCCCAGAUGACGAGAAUGACAACAAAGCUGUGCCGUACAAAUAUUUCCUUCGUUAUCUCCGUGACGUUGAGCUCGGAAGUCCAGAGGGGCAAAAGAAGCUUUUUGAGGUAUACAGGGAAUUGCUCGCCGAGGCCAAGCAGUCUCUCCGGGGGUAUCUCGAGGACAAUGAAAAUUAUAUCCCUCAUAAUGUCGCCUUGGUCAGAGAGUGGAUUAUCGUUAUACCCAGGCGGAAUGCUGCCUUUGAAGGUAUCACUGCGAAUACUCCAGGGAUGCUGGGAUCCGUGUGGUUGACGAGCGAGGAGGAAUUGGGACAAUGGAAACAGGUCGGGCCAAAGAGGGUCCUUGCUGGAUUGGGCGUGCCAGUUUGA